AUGGACGUGUCGAAAUUUGACACUAUGGAAAAUAACGAAGUGCGGAGUUUCCUAGACACCUUGAAGUGCAAUUUGCGAUCAGUAGUCCCUCUCGGAGUUCAAACCGAACUUCUCCCACCUCUUCUAAUUUCAUUGCUUAUGAGGAAAACGCCGAAAAAGUUAAUUGAAAAAUUCAAGUUCAAGAUCAAAGACGUCGAGGAAUUUUCUCUUAAAACGUAUCUAGAGUUAUAAUAAUAAAAUAAUGAUAAAACUUUAAUAGUAACAUCCUCAACGGGCUUUGAGAAACUAUUUACAAAUGAAUGUGAAUAAACUUAAAAAAAGAGUAAGAUAGUAAAACAUCCUCCAAGUGUUGAAGAAAUAACCUACUCAAUAUGUUAUGAUAAAAUUACAAAAGUUGCACACAUGUCCAAUAUACACAAACAGAUACGAUUCGUCAAACCGAUGGUCUAUUAGUACCAAUGGUACAAUUGGUACCAAUAGAAAGGGAUGUCAUUCAAAUUCUUCUAUUGGUGAACAAAAACAGGUCGAGAUGCAAACAUGUUACGAGAAUUCUUCGUUCUAUCAGCCAUCUAUACAUAACAAGUUCGCUUUUACUCCAAGUAGAAAAGCGCUAAUAGUUGUUAUGAAUAUUCCUCCCUCUAUAAGCCAGCCACGCAAAACAAUUUCACUCUCACACAAAGUAGAAACGCGCUAAUAGUUACAAAGCGAGGUCGAACUAACGCUAACAGUAAUUGCCAACAGUUAUAACAUAGCGAGGUCGAAAUACAAGCAUGCCAUGUGUAUUCUUCGUUCUAUAAGCUAUCUAUGCAAAACAAGUUCGCUUUUACACCAAGUAAAAACGCGCUAUACACAGACAGAUACGAUUCGUCAAACCGAUGGUCCAUCGGUACCAAUGGUAGGAUUGGUACCAAUAGAAAAGGACGUCAUUCCAAUGGUUCUGUUAGUUAGUAUGCACCUCAUUAAGGGGACUUUGAUUAUUUUUGCCUGUGACCUAGCUGGGCACAGGGAAAUUCCGAUGGUCCAUUGGUAUCAAUGGUACGAUUGGUACCAAUAGAAAAUGAUUUUGCUUUGAUGGUUUAUAGAACAAAGAAUACACAUGACAUGAUUGUAUUUCGACCUCGCUAUAUUACUAGUUAUAGCUAUCGCUAAGUGCCAACGAGCAAAGAUUUUACCUAUAAGCGCGCGCUGUUGAAUUUGUGUAGAAAUGUCAUGAAAUACAGUAAUUAAUGAAAGAUAGAUUGAACUUAAUUUGAUUGCAUUGAAAAUAGUGCAAACUUAAAGCAAGGGGCACACAUACACCAACCCACGGCAUGCGCACAGCCAUAUCAUGCGGCCUGUGGCAGUAUGGCAAAGCUGUUGCCGUUGGAGCCUGAACGUGGAAAACUCGCGUCCCAAAAACCCCUUACUGCCGAGGUGACUGCAACCCACGGCCUGGCCAUUACCUUACGCAAGCGCACGGCCAUAUCACGCGGGCAGUGGAAGCCAUGGACAGUUGUUUCGCCCUUACUUGGGCUCAUCAGCAUGGCAUAGUCGUCGGUCAGUGACCGGGAAAAACCGGUUUUUUUUGUUUUUUUUCGUAUUUUGGCAGUCCAAGAGGCGCGGUGCGAUGCCCCAAGGCCAUGAAAACAAAGGGAACGAAAGGAUCCGACAAAAAGAAAAACAAACAAGGUGUGUGA